AUGACCGAUCAGGCUCCGGGCAGAAAGCCCAACCGGCGGCCGAGACACCGUGGCCGCGGCGGCGGCGGUGGAGCAGGAGAAAACGGUGGAGGUGGUGGCCGGGGCGGUGGCCGUGGUGGUGGACGUGGUGGGCGCAACGGCGGGCCGCGUACGCAGGGCGACGACGGCGAUGUCGCCAUGACCGACGCCGUCGACACGCUGCGUCCGUUUCCGCCGCCUGUGGCCUCGGGCGUUUCGUCCAACAACAUGUCCGGUGUGGCCACGCCGAUGCUGAGCGAGGCGGUGCCGUCGGACACGCCGCGGUUCAGCGACAUCAACGCCAACGGCGUGGUGGUGGACCCGGUGCUGAUUGACACGAUCACGCACGACCUCCAGUUUGCGCACAUGAUGCCCGUGCAGGCGGCCACGAUCCACGAGCUGCUGCCGCCCAAGCGGCUGGACGCGCUGGUGCAGGCCAAGACGGGCACGGGCAAGACGAUUGCCUUUUUGCUGCCGGCGAUCCAGACGAUGCUCGACAAGCAGCGGACGCUGGGGGGCGGCAGCAGCAACCGCGCGCGCGGCGGCGCGGGGCGAGGGCCAUCGACGCGCCAGGACAACCACAUCUCGCUGCUGGUGAUGGCGCCGACGCGCGAGCUGGCGAUGCAGAUUGCCAAGGAGGCCAAGAACCUGCUGCAGCGCCUGCCCGACUACCACGUGUGCAUUGCCGUGGGCGGCACGAACAAGGACCGCGAGGAAAAGCAGAUCCUGGCCGGCUGCGACAUCUUGGUGUCGACGCCGGGCCGCCUGCUGGACCACGUGUCGGGCACGCCCGCCAUCCGGGACGCGCUGGCCCGGCUCGACACGCUGGUGCUCGACGAGGCCGACCGCCUGCUGGACAUGGGCUUCCUGCCGGCCCUCAAGAGCAUCGUCGCGUGCCUACCCGACAAGGUGUCGACGCGCCGGCAGGGCAUGCUGUUUUCGGCGACCGUGCCGUCGCACGUCGCGCAGGUCGCCAGCCUCGUGCUGUCGCCUGGCUACCGCUCCAUCUCCACCAUCCCCCAGGGCGAGGCGUCGACGCACGCGCGCGUCACGCAGCUGCUCGUCGAGGUGCCCACGUUUGCCGAACUGGCGCCGGCCCUCGUGGGCGCCCUCCGCCGGGAGCAGCAGCAGCUGCUGCGCGCGCAGGGCGCCGGCGGCACGUUCAAGGCCAUUGUGUUUGCCCAGACGGCGGCCCUCGCCGACUUUUACGGCUACCUGCUGGCGAACCUGCCGGACAUGCCGCCCUCCUGGACGCUGCACGCGCGGCACGCGCAGUCCAAGCGCACAAACGUGACCAGCGCCUUCCGCGGCGCCGCCACCGGCAUUUUGGUGGCCACGGACGUCGUGGCGCGCGGCAUGGACUUCCCGGCCGUGACCACCGUGUUCCAGGUCGGCCUGCCCAUGGACAAGGAGUCGUACAUCCACCGGCUGGGCCGGACGGCGCGUGGCGCCGCGGGCACGGACCCGUCCAACGGCGCCGGCCCUGAUGCCGGGUCGUCGGGCGCCGAGGUGGGGCGCGGCGUGUUCCUGGUGGCCGCGAUCGAGUCCUACUUCCCGACACGCGUGCUGCGCGAAAUCAACUUUGUGCGCACGGAGCCCGACUUGUCGAGCACCGCGCAGCUGGGCCCCAUCAUCGACCGCAUGGAGGAGUCGAUGGUCGGCAAGACGUACCAGGCGUGGCUCGGCUACUACAACGGGCACAUGAAGGGCCUGCACUGGGACAAGGCGCUGCUAGUGGCGGCGGCCAACGAAUUCGCGCGGGACGGGCUGCACGCGGUGAGUACGCCGGCCAUCCAAAAGUCGACGGUGGGCAAGAUGGGCCUCCGGGGCACGCCAGGGCUGGUGGUCGUGGCGGAUGCGCCGCGGACGCACCGUGGCGGAGGCGGAGGUGGACGCGGCGGAGGUGGUGGCGGCGGUGGCGGCGGCAGACGCGGUGGUCGGAACUGA